CAGUAUAAAACCUCUAAACUUUGCAAAAAUUAUCUCAUUUGCGACUCAUUUGACCGGCAAAGUGUUAGAUACGAUUUUAUUUUUUUGUGUGCCUAGUAAGAUGUCUAGAUUAUUUCAAUACGCUGUUCUACUCGUGAUUCUUACGCUUUGUGAUAAAAUAUUGACAUUACCUAAUGACAUUGAAAAGUGCAGAAUUAGCGAUGAUAAGUGCUUACUUAAGUCAUCAAAUAAAGUGCUGUGGAAGUAUUAUGGAGGAAUUAAGGAAAUGAAUCUUGCACCACUUGACCCAUUCUAUGUGGACCACAUAAAAAUUGUUCAGAAUGCAGGAAUAGUGACUGUUGAUGCGAUGGCAAAUAAGACAAAUAUUUUGGGAUUCUCAAAGGCUAAGAUUGAGAAGAUUACAGGAUUUGAAGCUGAUAAGCCGGAAAUAUUGAUUCGAGCACCUAAAUUGAGCUUUAGUGGAUUGUAUUCUUCAAUUGCGAAUGUUUUGGGGCUGACGGUCAAUGGAAAGGGGACUUUUAAGGUUACUUUUAAUAAUUUUGUUGGAACUUUUCGAAUGAAAUUGGAACGAUAUCAGAACAAUGGCAAAACAUACUUCAAAAUCCUCAACUCGAAGCUGACUUUUGAUAUUUCUGGCGGCGAAAUGGAUAUUCCUGAUCAAGGAUAUCUUACAAAUGUAUUCCUGAAUGCCAGCUUCGAUGUGAUCAUCAAGAGGAGUUUAAUAACAGUAAUCAGUGAAGAAUGGACGAAAUUCUUUGAAAAAGCAGUGAAUUCAGUCUUUACCAAGGUCGCUAUUGAGGAUAUGUUCCAAGCUUAGACAAUAAUUACCCCAAACACUAGUUUUAAACACAGACAAGAGAAGUUGAACGAGACGAAAUCAUAAUUAUGAUUAGUUUAAUGAGAUUAGCUGCUGGAAUUUUAAAUUCAUAUUCUACUAGAAACACGAUAUUAUUAGGUUCAAUUUUUUUUUAUAAUUUUAUAAGUAAGCAAAUUAUUUGUAGAGACAAUAAAU